UGAUUCCUAUUUUGAUAAAAUUAGUGUGGUUUGGUUCAUUGCCUAUUCAGGUGUGGCUGGCCUGGUGUUGUGUGCCUUGUCCUACAAUUUUAUCUGUGUUUUAUUAAAUAUAACACUGCAAGUGGACGGAGAAUAGGUUAUAACUGUGAAGUAACCGUCGACUAUGCGUGGUUUAGAAAUAACUUUGAAGAUUAUUGUGCUGUUUAAUUUCCUGUCUGUGAUUUCAGGUUCAGAGUCUGGUGAGGCGUGUGAUUUGACAAAAGUUCACAACUGCUAUUCGAACCUAAACAUGUCGUUGCUUUCUGAGAAUCAAACAGCUUUCUGCAAUGAAGAGCUCAGAAGACUUGGUCAGUGUCUUGAGCCGUAUGACACAGUAUGUCAAAAUGACAGUAUAUAUCGACUCAAUGUCCAGGCGUUUCAACCAUCCACAUUUCAGUGUCAAGGUAGCGAUGGCCUACAGUGUGACGUUAAAGCUAUAAGAAGUUGUGUUAUAAAUUUGGAUACCUCUUCGAUAGUCUCAAAUGUAACAUUAUUCUGCAAUUUUAAAUUAAAGAAGGCCUUGGACUGUAUCACAGUCUACAGGGAUGUUUGUUCCUCAAGUUCCUACUCAGACUUGUACAGUUCUUAUGUUUCCUCGCUCCAACCCGAAAAAUAUGGUUGUUCUGGAACAAAUGGAGAACAGUGUGAACUGGUAACAGCAACACAGUGUAUUCUAAAAUUCAAUAUCCAACGUAUGGAACAUUUCAAUGAUACCGGUUCCUUGAUGAAUGAGACAGCUCUAUGUCAGCACCUUAAGUCUGCAGAAGCUUGUGUUGCUCCAUACGAAAGUGCCUGCGCAGCAAAAACCUCAUUUUCCUCCAUUAUGAAAUUCUUAAAAGAUGAUCGAUGUAAAGAACCGGUCAUUAUCCCUACAAAUUCAUCCCCACGCCUGAACUUUGGGAUCAACAUGAUGGCAUUGCUCAUUAUCAACCUUUGCCUUAUUAGUCUAAGAAAUCGACAAAGAAUUUAAUCCAAUGUUCUUCAAAUGAUGCAGUGUUGUGUCAUAAUAAUACUGCCAUGCAGCGUAAGGAAAACGGAAACUGCUGUCCAUGUAGUGGGUGUUGAGAGGUCCAUUAAUACACACUCAAUCAUUGCUUUUUACAAUGUACUACUGUAACGUUUGCAAACUCCCUACAUUUUACAUUUGUAAUAAUACCUGACGUGUGCCUGUAUUGCACGUAUGUCUUGAGAGACUAAUACUCCCUCUUUCAAUUAUCACGUAUUAUCUUGUUAAAAUGCCAAUCCUUCGAUCUACCUAAAUUUCAUUUUUAUUUAUUUAUUAUUAUUAUUUUUUUGGUAGAAUGAAAAAAAAAAAGAAUUAUGCCAUUCUUUGUAUUUAUAUAUAUACACACACAAUGAUGGAAACACACAAGUUACUGGAAUAUACCCGAAAACAGCUUUCUAGGGAUUAACAAUAUUUUUUACUACUGAAAUGAAAGGUAUGUGAUAUUGAAUGGACGAACAGAUAAGACAAUUUAAAAACUUUAGGAAGAGGGUAUGGAAAAUAGGUAGAUCCUUCCAGUACCCUAUAUAAAUAUUUAUACGUAUUUCAUUUACAUGUAAUUUGUUAGAAAGCAAAUAGAUACACAAAGGUACAUCAUUUAACAGCAUCCUGUGUUCGACCUAUUGGUUAAUCAAAUGCUUUAACCGUUUAUAUUUAAACAUUACAAAAUCAUUUUGUAAAUUAUUGAAAGCAUUUCAAUAAAUUCAAAUAAAGAUUA